AUGAGCUUCCUCUGCGGCUUGCAGACGAUCUGCCGCAGCCGCAGCUCAGCCCAGCGAGUGGACCUUGGCGAAGGCGCGGCGUCUCUGCCGGCGGCGGAUGGGUUGUCGAAGAGGAUGGCGCGCUCCGGCUCGUCUACCGUGUUCAACGAGUACCUCCACUCCCUCCAGGAUCGCGGCGCCCCAGCGCAGGUGUUUCAAGCCGGAGACCCCGUCUGCAGGAGCAGCGCCUCGCCCGACGUGAUGGUGGUCAGGGGCCCGGACUGGAAGUGGGGGUGCGAGGACGGCGGCGAGGGGAAGCCCGGCAGGAUCCUGUCCGUGAGCCGGAGCUCGCAGGCGGCCACGGUGCACUGGCACGCGACGGGGAUCGUGGAGAGCCACUACCGGCUGGGCAAGGAGGGGCAACGCGACCUUUGCCUCGCGAGCGGCUUCGCAUGCCCCAGCCGCUCGAAGGUCUUGGCGGUCUUCCGGGGGCUCGGGGCCUCCGCGGCGCGCAACUCGCAGUCGAUGUUCGCCGAGAAGGAUCAGACAAUGAUCGUUCUGGACUGGGACGACACCCUCUUUCCUUCGACGUAUGUCCGCAACGACAUGAAGCUCAAGCUGUCCCUGCCACUCAGGGACCAGAAGCUGCCAGCGCCGGUCAAGAAGCAAGUGUUCAACAACCUCAUGAAGUGCGCAGCCAAGGCAGAGAGGCUCCUACGCCUCUGCGCCUCGUACGGGAAGGUGGUCAUCGUCACGCUGGCAAAGAGGAAUUGGGUCUCAGACUCGUGCACAUUGUUCUACCCAGGCAUCGGCGACAUCCUGGAGGAGCUCCACGUGAAGAUCGUGCACGCUCAGGAUGGUGUCUCCGUCGACAGCGAGAAGGUCAAUGCCAUGGACAUGCGGGAGUUUGAGGAGUUCUGGGGCGGGAUCAAGGGUAGAGCCAUUAGCGAGGAGGUCAGGGACUUCUACUCCCAGUACGAGGGUCAGAGCUGGAAGAAUGUAAUAUCGAUCGGCGAUUCGAACUUCGAGAAGAUCGGCACGAUGAACGCGACCGCGGAGUACAUGCGCGAGAACGGCAUCGAGGUGCCGAGCGACCUCGCGAGCCCUGCCACCGAGAGCGGGCCCGCCGGGUUCCGCCCCAGCGAGGCGACGACCGCGGUGGUGGAAGGCCACGCCUUCCACGUGAGGACGAAGGUCGCGAAGAUGCUCGACGAGCCCACCGUGGAGGAGCUGCUGGUCGAACUGGAGCUCGUCAGGCAGUGGCUCCCGCUGAUGGUGAGGCACGACGGCGGCUUCAGCCUUGACCUGGACGGCCUGCAGCACGGGGAGGCUCGUCAGGG